UGUGAUCCUCCUAGUCCCUCCGUUUACAGUACAUCUUUAAUUUUUGUUGCUGCCGAAAGACUCCGAAAAGUAGAAACAAGACUAAUUUGACUGAUUCUACAAUUGGCCACUUGACGGGGAAGCCCACCGCCCCUCCCCCCCCUCCCGUCACAAAAUGCCGUUGGUGACGAGGAACAUCGAGCCUCGCCAUGUGUGCCGCCAGGUGCUCCCCAGCACCAUCCGCAGCGAGCUGGAAUGUGUCACCAACAUCAGCCUCGCCAACAUCAUACGCCAGCUAGGCAGCCUCAGUAAGUAUGCAGAGGAUGUGUUUGGAGAGCUGUUUGUGCAAGCGGGGGCGUUUGCUAUCAGGGUGAACUCACUGGGUGAGAGAGUGGACCGUCUACAGGUGAAAGUCACCCAGCUCGACCCUAAAGAGGAGGAAGUCUCUCUGCAGGCCAUCACCCAGAAGAAAGCGUUUCAUAGUAAUCUGACUCAGGACCAGCAGUUAUUCUGUAGACCCUCUUUACCACUGCCUGUACAGGAGACUUAUCUGACCUGUAAUCCUCCUCCACCACUCAACAACCUCAGCCAGUACAGUCACAUUCCCUGUGUGCCAGUCACAUUCCCUGUGUGCCAGUCACAUUCCCUGUGUGCCAGUCACAUUCCCUGUGUGCCAGUCACAUUCUCCGUGCGUUUUAUGUAGAACUUAACUGAGAGCCGAUGACUUCAGUAUGGAGAACGGUCCAAAUAUCAAAAACCCAAUUAUUUCUAAAGGGCACAUGGCCAAAGGUGUGUGUGUGGUAAUGAGAAUUAUAUUCAGAUAGCAUAGUAUACCGUAUAGAUAUUGAUCCUUACAUACAUACACAGACACACAGUCCCAUAAUGGUAUAACUGAUGAACUGUGUUAUGUAUUAAGAAUAAUAUUUUACUUUAUGAUAGUUAUAAGAUGUGCUAAAUAAGACACACCGGAAGUUUUUUUUUUAUGCAGUUUUUGUUUUUUUCCCCCCUGUCUUUCGCUCUGUUGUUGGCAUGGGAAUGGUUACCUAGGUGACGGAGGGACUCAUUAACAGGUGGGGGGGUAGAAAUAUAAUGUAUUUAUAUAUAAAUAGGGGGACGUUCAGCUGAACAAAAAUGUCUAAACGUUCUGAAAUGUUCUGAUUCAGCUCUGGCUCAAUAAAACCAUGUCCCCAGUCAGUCAAAACAUGCUCUGCCCAAUAAGUGAUCCCUCUCUUGCCCUAGUCCCGCCCCUCCUUAAGUGCCUUUGCUUUUCAUGUUUAUGUGCGAGGAGGAUGAAGUUACCCUCGCUGAUCUAGGGUCAGGUUUGUCUCGUUCCCAUCGCCACAGGAUUGGAUGACGCGUCACUGAUCUUAGAUCUGUGUCUGAGACAACUUGGAUCGUCCUUCUGUUUAAGUGCCUUCUGUUUGUUUUAAAUCCAAAAGUGUAAAGCCACAAUCAGACCUGAACGUGUUAUUAUCCAACCACCUGUUUCUGCUUGUCCUGUCUGUCUCAACUUUAUCAGUGAGGAUUAUUACAAUAAUAAAGAUACAAUGAACUACA